CAUGAAGAAGAGAUUGGCUGUGUCUGCAAAUGGACCUUCAGCAAAUUUCGUUCUUACCUUUGAAUAUUUGGGGCUGAUUACACAGUCCGCUGGCAGAUCAGUAACAGAGUGAUUCUCACUCUGCUUGAUGUAACCCCCUUAUCAGUGGCCUCCAAUUGCUUUGAGAUCUUUGGCUUUGACAUCCUGAUUGAUGACAAAUUCAAGCCAUGGCUUCUAGAAGUCAACUACAGUACUGAACUGUGUUUAGAAUGUUUCACUGAUCUCACUGUGGAAAGAAAACUUCUUCAUGGUAUUGCACUGCUGAGCUACAAGCAGAUCCACAUUUUCAGGCAAAAUCAAUUUUGAGGCAAGCCUGGGAUAAAGGCUGGCAGCAGGUAGAUGCUCUGGAGCACAGCUAGUGAGAGUGCCAUCGAGAAGACUCCUGGUGUCCUUGCUUGCGAAACAGUGGCUAAAUGUACUGCUGCUUCUUCUGUACUGCCUGCCCUGCAGGCUGCAAGAGGAUCAGCUCAAAAGGUGGCUACCCUGACAGAGAAAACUGCCAGAGCACAUCGGAAAAUGCUGACUUCUCAGCUGCAGGAAAGGGUGAGCAGGCCACCAGUCCUAGGAGCUGGGCAUUCUGCACACAUUUCUAACCAACUCAGCCUUUGGAUACCUACAUCUGGCUUCUGCAACUACAGGUUUACCACAUGCCCCUAUAUCUCUGACAAAAAACAGAGGCCUAUCCCCCAUGUAGGAGAUUUUGUCCUUGUUUUUGCUUUUAACAAAGCUGCACUUCAAGCUUCCAGGGAAAGGACAGAUAUAAAGGACUAUAAGGAAAUAAAGAAACUAGUGAGCAAGCAGUUACCAUCUAAACAGCAGAACACAAGGGUAGGCUAUUUAACUUCUGUGGAACUUCAUGACAUUAGGUUAUAUAGACGUCGUGACAACUUUAUCUGGAAGAAGGUACAUGUAUACUGA